GUUAAAGCGGAAAGACGGGAAGGUCGAUGGUACGCAGACAGGCGCUGCACAGAGGGCCGGGCGUAGGAAGGUCGAGGAUAAGAAGGUCGAGCGUAAGAAGAUGACCUUCCAGUUGAAUGCCACGGAGCCCUCCGCGUUCGGGGCCCAGGAGUACUGGCACCAUCUUCCGAAUUUGACCAUGGACGCGGAACACCGAGUCUACAUGUGGGUUUGCAACAAACACGCUUGCUCGGGUGAGCCCGAACGCCUUGACGGGGAGCCUGCCUCGGAUGGGAAGCCUCAUAUCGUGUUCAAGACACCCCCCUAUAAUGGUGAGACUGUGAAACCAAAGCUUUCUCUCUCAUGUUGCUUCAACUUAAAAUGUAUUUGA